CGAACUUCAUGAACCUCCGUCCGAACACUCCGAACCAUCAAUCGCCCUCCCAAUCCGCAAUUGAACCCCCUCCACCACGAAACCUUUCACCGCGGAGUGCACCUUUCCUCUCCCGCCAACGAAUUUCUUCGAUCCGCAAUCAAACCGAAAACAAAAACCCGACCCGAUCAAAAUGCCCACCCCGGAAUCCGCCGCCUUUCUGGCCAAGAAGCCCACCGUGGCCCCGACCUACGACGGCGUCGACUACGAGGACAACGUCGCGCUGCACAACGCCCGCGACGCCAUCAUCCGCGAGCAGUGGGUCCGCAGCAUGAUGUCGCGGCUGGUCGGCGAGGAGCUGGGCAAGUGCUAUGCGCGCGAGGGCGUCAACCACCUCGAGAAGUGUGGGGUUUUGAGGGGUAUGGUUUUUUUUUUCUUUCCGUCUGAUUGAGUGUUCUUGCUGUGGUCCUUUUUGGGCGUGAUUGGGGUUAGGAUUGGAGGGGGUUUGGGGCUUGGUUGGAUGGGAUGAGGGAUUGGGGUGGUUGAGUUCUGAGUACUGCAUACUGCGUACUGAGGUUGAGAUUGAGGAGGGUUGGGGAUGGGAUAUUCUAUUCCGAGAGGGGUUGGCUGAAUGCUACUCUCAGUUGCCCACUGUGUGUUUCUGUCGAGGCUUGGGACAUAUGCUAAUAUCUUUCUGCUUCGUGUCUAGAAAAAUACUUCGAACUCCUCGGGGAGCGCAAGAUCAAGGGUUAUCUCUUCCAGGAGAAGAACCACUUCUCGCAGGAGAAGUCUGCUUGAAUUGUUUAAAAGGGUGAAAGGGGGG